UCAACAAUAUUUUCAACAAUCAUAAUUAUUCCUUAAUUUUCUUCAAGAAAAACUCAAUGACACUCCCAAAUUUUGAUGCUCUAAGAGACUUGCAUGAUUCUGCCAACGACAUGCUUCACUCCCCGGUGAUCAAACGAGAAAUCGCACAUCAAGGACAGGAGAAAUGGACACACGAGGUUUCAGAAAUAUCGUUAAGGAUGUUGGACGUUUGUGGUACCACCAAAGAUGUCCUUUUGCUUGUUAAGGAUCAUGUCCAUGAUCUUAAGUCUACGUUCAGAAGAAUCAGCGUUGCAGAAAACACGACAACAGAAAACAAGUUCGCGCCUUUUCAUUGUCAUAGGAAGAAGUUGAAGAAAGAGAUGUUAAAGCGCUUGCAUUCCUUAAAAGGAAUGAAAAAUAACACCAAGUGCAUCGAUUCAUCGUUAUCAUCAAUAGAUAAUAAUAAAAAUAAUCUUAUGGUGGUUGUUAAUGUAUUAAGAGAAGUUAGAGUGGCAACAAUGUCAAUAUUGGAAUCUUUGAUGGCACUUAUGUCAAUGCCAAGUCCUAAUUCAACUCGGAAAACGAGUAAAGGAUAUUUCGGUUCAAAGUUAUUGUUGAGGGUAAACAGUUUAAGUUCAUGGGAAAAAUGUGAUGCGAUGACAUUGCAGUGUGCUAAUAAAAGAUUGGAAGCUGUGGAAUUAGCCAUCGAAGAUCUUGAAGGUGAACUUCAAUGUAUUAUUCGAAGAUUGAUUCGAACAAGAGUUUCACUAUUAAAUUUACUUACUUACUAGCAAAUUAAAGAAGAAAUAAUAUUGUAGGAGCUAAUAAUUGACUACCUAUUAAUUAUUUGAAGGACUUUAAUGAAUGAUCUAAUAUUUUUUUAGUUAAUUAAUUAAGAUCACUGCACAACUAGCUC